GUGAACAAUAUCACCAUGUGGCCGCUGCUGAAAUACUUCCGCGGGCCAGAGGUGCAGCGGGUGCUGUUCAAGCUGGCCUACUCCUUCAUCAUAUCCUUCCAGGGCAUUCACGCGAUUGCACCUCACCUCAGCGCAACUCCAGGUUUCCGCAACUAG